GCAGCCUCUCUCUCUCUCUCUCUCUCUCUCUCUCUCUCUCUCUCUCACCUACUCAAAGGCAAAAAGCAGCAACACUUGUAAUUGUAAGACGCCUGCUAGCUCCACCGAAAGGGACAACCAGCGACCGAGAGAGACAGCAGAUUCCAUCUGAACUCUUUCGUUCUGUUUAUUCUCCCCCCUGUCUUCCCCACUCAAUUCUCCACGUACCCAUCUCCGGAAAAUCUCUUCUUCCCGGCGAAGUUUCUCUCUUCCAUUCGGUUUCCACGAGGAUGGGACGACCGUGCUCACUUGGGCAAUCUCUCAGAAUCACGCUCUGAAACGACCAUUUCAACCGACCCAGGACAUUCAUGGGUAAGACCGGAAUUCAGUUGUUUGACGAUACGAGAAAUGGGUUGUACUCUGUAUCCGAUUUGGGAUAUCAAUGGAGCCUAGACUGCAGAAAUUAUCGCCCAGUUGGUGGUUUAUUCGCGAGCGUGAAUCAAUUAGGAUCUGGAUUUGGGUCGGAUUUCGGUUCCGGGUCCGUUUCGACUCCUGACCCCGCGAACAGCGGCAAUAACAGCUUCGCUGCUCAGCUCCAUGAUCUCUACGUCAAGUAUUUGCCGGCGAAGGAGAAGGAAGAAGAAGUGGUCGGUGGGAGGAAGAAGAAGAAAAGUGGGCUGAAAUUGAAAAUAAAGAUAUCGAACCCAUCGUUGCGGCGGCUUAUUAGCGGAGCCGUCGCCGGAGCCGUCUCGAGAACGGCGGUGGCGCCAUUGGAGACCAUUAGGACACAUCUGAUGGUUGGAAGCGGUGGACACUCGACCACUGAAGUUUUCCAUGAUAUCAUGAAGAAUGAAGGUUGGAAAGGGCUCUUCAGGGGCAAUUUGGUCAAUGUCAUCCGUGUAGCACCGGCUCGAGCCGUCGAGCUUUUUGUUUUCGAGACAGUAAACAAGAAUUUGUCUCCAAAACUCGGAGAGCAGUCAAAGCUUCCCAUUCCAGCCUCGUUAAUCGCAGGUGCCUGUGCUGGAGUUAGUCAGACCCUCUUAACAUACCCCCUUGAAUUGGUCAAGACCCGCCUCACCAUUCAGAGAGGUGUUUACAAGGGAAUAUGCGAUGCAUUUCUCAAAAUAAUUCGGGAGGAAGGUCCUACAGAACUAUACAGGGGUCUUGCCCCGAGUCUUAUAGGAGUUGUUCCAUACGCAGCAACAAACUACUUUGCCUACGACUCGCUAAGAAAAGCAUACCGCAAGUUCUUGAAGCAAGAGAAGAUCGGUAACGUUGAGACUCUUUUGAUAGGUUCCUUUGCGGGUGCAGUCUCAAGCAGUGCAACUUUCCCUCUAGAGGUGGCCCGGAAGCAUAUGCAGGUGGGAGCAGUAGGAGGGAGGGCGGUCUACAAGAACAUGUUGCAUGCUCUCUUGUGCAUUCUCGAGCAAGAAGGCAUCCAAGGUUGGUAUCGAGGGCUUGGCCCUAGUUGUUUGAAGUUGGUUCCUGCGGCUGGGAUCUCCUUCAUGUGUUAUGAGUUCUGCAAGAGGGUACUUGUCGAGGAUGAUCAAGAAGCCUGACUGCUCUCGCUUGUUCUUGGAGUAGAGGAGCUCCGAUUCUGGAUUUGAACGAAAAGAUCCAGUUGACGAUUCUCCGACCCAGGUUUUAUGGGGACUGACAUUGUGCCAAGUGAGGCUUGCAGAUACACACCUGAGGAGUUAACGGGGAAACUAUGGAAUCCUUUUGGAUCCAACUCUUCAACAUAUUCACUGCAGCAUUUUUGUUGGAUCCCUUAUUGCUUUGGGUCAUUUGACCAUUUUUUCGGGUUCAAAUAAGUUAAAAGAUUUUCAGGCAACAUCCUUAAGGUGUUCUAGACUUGUCUCUGUUCAAAGUCAUUGCAAGCAGAGCUCUUUGUGAGGAUCGGUCAAAUACUAUGUCUACAGGUUAAAUGCAUACUUCAGACAUGGAA